GAGGUAAACAAACUGCAGGAGGAAAAAGAAAGAGAGCGAGAGAGAGAACACACACACCAGCCAGCAAGGACUUUGCAGGGAAUUUUUUUUUUUGGUAGAGUUUGUAUUCCUUUUGUACACGUUUUAAUCUUUAACUUGGAUAGUUUUAAUAGUGUGGGGUGUUUUGUUGUUAGCUAACAGAACUAAAGCGAAUAAAGAGGGAAAAUCUAUUUUAGUUAUUACAGCCUGUUUAAUACAAAGGGUUUAUAAAAGUGAUUUUUGUACUCUGUGUGUGUAUAUUGUCCCACUUUGGGAGCAGGAGCGUUGUGGUUUUGUGAUCACAAAUAAUAAACCCAUUUUAAAGCUCGACUCGUGAUCAACAACAUGACCGCGGUGCUGAACAUACAGAGGCUCCUGGAAGCUGCUGAGUAUUUAGAGAGGAGAGAAAGAGAGUGCGAACAUGGAUACGCCUCGACGUUUCCGUCUAUUCAGAGCUCCAACAACUACCAGAGACAAAGAAAAUUCCGGAAUAAAAAGCACAACAGCAAUCACAACAGGUCAACACAUAACGAGUUGGAGAAGAAUCGACGAGCUCACCUGCGUCUUUGUCUGGAGCGAUUGAAGGCGCUCAUCCCACUGGGACCCGACUGUAACCGUCACACUACGCUGGGACUGCUGAACAAAGCCAAAGCACAUAUAAAGAAGCUAGAGGAGGCUGACCGAAAGUCUCGGUACCAGCUGGAGAAUUUGGAGCGGAAGCAGAGACACCUCCGGAGGCAGCUGGACUCUCUUCGGGGGACAUGUAAGGCUGAGAGGGUGCGCACAGACAGCGUGGGCUCCACCCCAUGCUCCGACCGCUCCGACUCGGACCAAGAGGAGAUCGAGGUGGACGUCGAGAGCACCGAGUUCUCCCAUGGAGAGCUGGAUAGCGUGAGCACAGCCAGCACCAGCGACCUGGAUGACCACAGCAGCCUGCAGAGCCUGGCCAGCGAUGAGGGCUACUCCUCCUGCAGUGUCAAGCUCGCCUUCAGCUCGUAGACACGUAGCACGGACACAGCGUAGAGUCCCAGCAACAGCAACUACCAACCAACCCUCUCUACCAAUCCACUCUACUCCACCGAACCCCUCCCAGAAUCCGACAGGUGACCAGAGCACAAGCCGCCAGCGCCGGCUGCCGGCCCUCUCAGAGCAGCGUUCUGAUUGGUUGAUCGAAUGUACACUGCCUUUAACGGCUCUCUCUUUCUCUCGUGACACGAGAAACGCAGUUUGGUUUCUGUUUAAUCAAUUUUUGGUUUCACGGUUUGUGAUCUGGUUACCUGUUGGAACGUUCCGAAGCACUGCGACUCGGUGCGAGCGCGUACGAUCUGGACAUCCUCCGCAGCACCGCAUAUCAACAUCAAGCUCUGAGAUCUCAAAGGCUGAGGCAUGAACUUUGUGCUACGAAUGGUGCUACCUGAAAAGAACCCGACGACCCAACACGUCUCGUCUGGUCACGGAAGUGGGUCGACCUUUUCUUUUUCAGAAGUCUCUCCCACGGUGCAUUUUAUGGUGCGUUUAAAACGUCGGAAGCAGCCAAGCUGUGCUUCCGUCUAGCAGCUGCAACGUAGACAUCCCUCCUAGCGGUAACAAGCAAUAACUCCUCCUCUAGCUUCAUCUCUACUUUUCCUCUCUUAUUAUUAUUAUUAUUUUUUUUUUUUAAAUCCCCGGACACUGUCCAAAAGAGCAACUUGCUUGGGUUUUUUUUUUUGGUGUAUAAUAAUACAUAAAUAGUUUAAUAAAUUAAGAAAAGGAGUUUUUAAAAAAAAAAAAAAAAAGCUAGAUACAUAUGAGUAGCCUCUGUUGCUGUUCGUCUUGUGUUUUAUUUUGUGCAUUUUAAAUUAUAUUUUUGGAAAGAUACUCCUAUCCUUCUUGGAUUGCUCUGACAGAGUGGCAUGGACAGUAUUAUGCUUUGGCUCGAUGAUUUAUUAUUUUUUAUUUUAUUUUUUCCUCCUUCAUUUCCAUUCUGACCAAAACGAAAGGAUGAAAGAAAGUCUCCCUGAUGGCGUCAGCAGCCGGACCCGUGAGCGUUGGAGCUCCCGAUUUUACAAAUGGCACUUUUCUUUUUUUAAAUUUAUUACAUAACUGUCAUUUAUUCUAUUCCUCUGUGUGUUCCUGUUGAUGCUGAGAGGCAUUCCACUAGUGCGUCGUGGAUCUGGGGGUCAGAGGUCCCUGUGCUGAGCCUGACUUCCCACUCGUCAAUCAUCAGCUGACUUUCAGUGGAAGGAAGUCAUAUUUAUUCCUCAUCCCUAUGUUUUAUAUUUUAUUUUAGUGAGCCCAUCCUGAGCUGUGUGUUUGAGCGCUCGACUGAACACGGUGCUGUUUUCCAACACCAGGCCAAACCGCACACCAACACCACGUCCCCCUGUCUCACUUAAAGACACGACGACCUUUUUAUUCAUUCUUUUCAUCUACUUGGUUCUUGCCCCUUUAAUUUGCUCUUGAAUCCAUCCAGGACCCAUGUUGAGAACUCUAUGCUUCCUGAUACACACACACACACACACACACACACACACGAGCAGUAAGACGGUGAUCUGGGAUCUGUUGAGCCAGUGUCUCAGUCUCAGAAGUGCUGAUUUACUAUAAAUAUAUAGUGUAAUAAUGAAACACUGAUCGUGAGUCAGCUCUUGAUGAAAUCAGGAGUGUUCUGGAUCACACAGAAGACCAGGAAGAAUCUGAUCUGAGAUCAGCACCUGUGCUCUUUCUGUAAACGCGGGAAUUUUCCCUCAGUUGUGCUUAAUGUCACUUUAAACACUCGAUAAUCAGUACGCACGUACGGCUCUGAAGUCUUACAUGUGAUCCAAGCACCUCCUGCAGAGAGUGUGUGUGUGAGAGAGAGAGAGAGAGAUCAGGAAGCUCUGGUGAACACGGAGCGAGUCCUAUUACCCUCAAGGUCCUGCUGAACUUUUGUGGCCAUUCUUUGUCAAACAUGCACUCUGAUUCAAUCUGUAAGUCCAACUGCAAUACUUACAAUAAAAGACAGAGAUUGUCCAAUCUGAAGACCAAAAAAAAA